CUGUGAAGGUAAAUCUAGACAGAGUGCUUGUGCCGUCACUGCUGCAAUUUAAAGAGACAGAGCAAAGCAACGUGACCAAAAAAACUGCUAUAGUGUAAUUUAAGCUGGAAAACGCUCUGCUACGAGACGGAGAAGAAAAGUGAGGACUAUAGUAGAAGCGCGCGCUGUCCCAGAUGCUAAAGUCACAGCCGGGCCGUAAAGCGGGGCCCACCGUGCCCGCACCAACGGGGGGAGUCGUUCCUGCUUCAUCAAGCCCAGGUCCUGGCAGCACCAACGGGAAUAUGAGUACAACAGGAUGUGCGAGUGCUACUACAAACAGGGUCGCCGCUGGCAGAGGAAGAAGUACUGGAAAAGGGCCGCCUCAGUCUCCAGUAUUUGAAGGCGUGUACAAUAAUUCUCGAAUGCUGCAUUUUUUAACCGCUGUUGUGGGGUCAACAUGUGAUGUGCACGUCCGGAACAACACUGUGUACGAGGGGAUCUUCAAAACAUUAAGUUCCAAGAUUGAUCUGGCUGUUGAUGCAGUACAUAAAAAGACCUCAGAAGAAGUGUGUCCCAAGCGUGAAGAGAUAACGGACACAAUGAUCUUCAGCCCCUCAGAUGUCAUCUUAGUACGUUUUAAGAAUGUGGACCUUAAUUAUGCAACUAAAGACAGGUUCACAGACUCUGCAAUUGUAACAAACUCAAAAGUGAAUGGUGAGCACAAAGAGAAGGUCCUCCAGCGGUGGGAGGGAGGAGAUAGCAACAGUGAUGAUUAUGACCUGGAGUCUGACAUGGUACAGUCUUACUUUGUCUUCUUAACACAAUCAAAUGGCUGGGACGCUAACGACAUGUUCAAAUUUAAUGAGGAGAACUAUGGUGUGAAAACAACCUAUGAUAGCAGCCUCUCUUUGUACACUGUUCCUUUGGAAAAAGAAAAUUCUGAGGAGUUCCGUCAGAGAGAAGCACGAGCAUCUCAGCUUGCCAAGGAGAUUGAAUCCAGCCCUCAGUAUCGACAACGCAUCUCCAUAGAAAAUGAUGAUGGGCGGACAGAUGAGGAGAAGCUUAACUCUAUUCAGCGCCCUUUGUCCGAUCGAGAUAGUCCUAGCAUGGGUACCAGGGAUGGAAAGUAUGUGCCUCUGCCUCAGCGGGUGCGAGAGGGGUCCCGUGGUGGAAUGAGAACCAGCAGUCUAAGAGGAGGCAGGCCUGGGCAGGGAUCCUUGCCAUCUCGUCAUCACCCAGAGUCCAGCUCAAGUCCUGUUCCUGCAGAGCAGAGAGUGAUAAAUGGAGGAUCAUCUCGAAUGUCUCCCAAAUCACAACGGCCCCCUCGAGGAGCCAAACAGACGACGUCUCCCACAGCACGACCUGUUGAGAGUCCUUCCUGUACGACAUCUGUUGCCGUGACUCGUUCAUACCCUCCCCGCUCACCUAAAUCUGGGUCUUCUGCUCCUUCCGUCUCUUCCCAAGAUUCCCCUGUCAGCUCUGCUGCUACGUCUGCACCAACAUCUCCGCCAGAACCACGAAUGGUUGUUGAAACUAGUAGUUCUCCAAGGCCUACAUCUCCAAAGAUGGCAGCACCUGCUCCGCCAGUGACAUUAGAUGUUAAAGACAUCCAGGGGACGAGUACCAGAGAUAUUAGCCGGCCAGUUGAUACUUCGGGAACAUCAGAACUUGCUAAAUCCGUAAACAAAGGUCUACAGAGUGAACAGAAACGAAGUGAAAUUGAAGAGUUAAGGAACUUUAGUGGAAAUUUCAGGCUUCAGCCUCGAAGUCCUUCGGAGUCGGGGACCGAAGUAUUUGUUUCUCGGCCAAAGGACAUUGUAGAGACAAAACUAAAUGAAAAAUCCCUUGCACCUGAAAGCAGCGUCUUGGAAGGGUGUGUAGUUGAAACACCUGUUGCUGCAGUCCUGAAACCUAAUGUAGUCAGUAUGGAACUAAUGGACACCAGUAGUGAAAAAUCUUUGCACAUCGAAGGGACAGAACGACCUGUACAUGUUGAAGGGACAGACCGACAGAUCCAGGCAGGUAGCCCUGAAAGCAAAAUGGAGACGGAGGAGAAGGAUGAUGCACCUGUGUCCGAGCAGGUGAAGAAAUCCACAUUGAAUCCAAAUGCAAAGGAAUUCAAUCCUUCUAAACCCUUAUUAUCUGUGAAUAAGUCAACGAGCACACCUACUUCACCAGGACCUGCACCACGCAGUCAUCCAGCACACAGUAUUCAGGUGAUACCAGGUCAAAGUGGGAUGUACAGUGCUGCCACCUCAUAUGUACCCUACCUCCAGCAGCUCCACAUGGCUCCGACAGUGCAGCCUCCACAAAUAUAUCCAUAUCCUGUUUCUACCUCUGUGCAAGUUCAGCAGAAUAAAUAUAGGGGAGCUACUAAAGGGUCUGGCGGGCCUCAGCGAUCAGAUCAGCAUCAGUCUUCUCCUGCUUCUGCCUUAAUGCAAGCAGCAGCAGCUGCUGGAGCUCCCCUCGUAGCUGCCUCAUACCCUUCCUUUGUUUACAAUACCCAACAGUUCCCAGGACAGCCCACAAUGGUGCCAGCCAUGGCCCAUUAUCAGGCUCAGCCCUUUCCAAUGAUUCCAGGCAACACUCGGAUGCUAACUGGGCCCCAAGCUAUUGUACCAUCUUCCACACCGCAGUAUGCUCCCACAGAGCAAGGUGUAGCCUCUGCACUCUAUGCACCAGUUCCUCAACCUUACCCUCAUCAUGGUACACCUCUGCACCCCCAUCAACCACAGCAAGCAACAACGCCUACAGGAAGCCAGCCACAGCCGCAGCAUGCUGCUCCAAGCCCCGUGCAGGUAACGUGCUGUACCGCCUCCGAGAUAUUGGAUAAAGGAAGCUUGUCAAUCAGCCAGGAACCUAGCUUCACCAUUUGUGCAACUCUGUUGGAGCAUCAACCAGGUCAGCCUCCACACCUGGCCCCCGCACAGGCCCAGCAGAGUAUGUACCAUCCUUCAGCAUUGGCAGCAGCAGCUCCACAGUCCAUAACGCCAGCACCAAAUGCACAGUCUCCUCAGAGCAGCUUCCAGCAGCAGCCACUGUACAUCCACCCUCAGCAACUGUCUCAUAGUUAUGCCAGCAUGCCACAUGUAACACAGACUCAUGUUCAACAUGCACCACCCCCCACUCAUCCAGGGGGUCCUCAUGCUCCACAGGUCAUGCUACUUUCUCACCCUCAGCCCCAUGGAGGCCCUCCUCAGGCAGCUCUUCCCCAGAGUGGAGUGCAAGCAAUGUCAGCAUCUAGCAGUUCACCAUAUCAGUACUUGGGACAUCACCAAGUUGGGUCUCAUGCUCCACAACCGCUACCCUUUCACAGCGCUGGAAACUGAACACUUUGCCUUUGCAGGAGAAGGCAUGUAGG